UGAGAAGCCAGUGUGUGCGGAUGCUACGCUAGUCGUCCGUCUCAACCAGUUUCAAGGACAUCUUUUAUUGGAUUGUGAAAACUUUGAUGGGCUUGUGAGCAGUGCAUUCGAGUGAUUGUGAAUUAAUUUUCUUGACUCGUCAGCAAAACCCGAAAAACAAACUAGGACAUAUUCUGAUCGACCAGAAAACAACUCCCAAUCGACACCAAAGAAGACAUCACUACCCAAGUGCGCGUUCCCACAAGAAAUAAUCUCGCUGCCGGUACCUACAGCGCAGGCGUGACACAUCGGCCAGCAGACGCACCGGAUUCGUAUCCUAUCGACGAUGGGACGCGCUCUUGCGAUCGGAUAGUGCUCGCGAUGUGCUUUUCUGUGAUCGGGGAGGUGUGCAGUGCGCAAAGUUGAGCGUGAAGGGUAUACAGGGUGGAAAGGGGGUUAAAAGUUGUGUGAUAGUGGCUAAGAUAAGAGUCAACGAGGUGACCGCGUCGGAUAAGGGUGACGGCCGGCAGGAGUGCUCUAUUAGAGGUGACGAUGACGCGCCGCUGCCCUCCGCAUCAUCGCCCUACGUCAGCAGCAACAGCAGCAGCAUCAUCAGCAGCACCAGUACCGGCAGGAUGGACCUCGGCGGCGUGGGCGGCAUCCUCCUCAACCAAAUCAACGACCCGUCAUCUUCUUUGUACCACCUGCACCAGCGCUUCCAGCCCGAGGACUCGCGCAGCGAUUCGGGCGUGAGCUCGCUGAGAUCGGGCAGCGGCGAUGAGCGUUCGGGCAGCCGAUCGAGCGCCCUCAGUUGUCCAGACGACGGCCCGUCGUUACCGCCCCAAGUAGUCGCCACCCCGCCGCAUUCGUCGUCCUCCUCCUCCUCCUCGUCGAACUGUUCGACUUCGUCGUUGUCGGCGCAGUCGCACAACAGGUCCCCCUUAUUCAUUCCGGCAUCCCCGUCUGCUUUGAGCAGCAGACACCACCUCCAGCACGAGCAGCAAGGGGGUGCUUCGAGCGGCAGCGAACCCGUCCGGGUUUGGAGGGACCCCAACCUGUUGCUGGAGGAGCCGCACGUCCGUCACGUGCACAGCGUUCAGCAUCAGGCCUCUUUGUUCCAGACCCUCUUGAUGUCGCACUCGAGCAGCCCGUCGUCAGGAGGCGCUAGCAGUGGCGGAGGAGCCGGCGGUCCGCCCCCCACCUCCUCCUCCGCCGCCUCUAUGGGCGUGUACCCCGUCGCCCCGCCCCCGCCUCCCUCGCUGAUCGGUCCACCGCACGUGCCGCACCAUCCGCACUUGGGCCACGCCCCCCUCUACCAUCCGGCGCAGUUCAGCGCCGACAUGCUGUGGAAGGCGACCAAUAGGGCGUCGCCGUACGGGGUGCCCGCCCACCUGUUGAAUGCCACCGCUGCGUCGGUUGGGCAGCAGCAGGGGCAGGGCCACGCCGGCGCGGAAGAGAUGAUGGCGGAGAGAGAGCGCGCUGCGAUGGCGAUGCAGGAUAGAGAUAGGCAGGAGAGGAUGUUCAGGGAAAGGCAGAAUCAGGAAAUGGCGGAGAAACAGCAAAAGGAGAAAGAAAGGAUGGAGAGAGAAAAACAAGAACAUAAAGAAAAAAUAGAGAGGGAGAGACAAGAAAAAGAACUGGAGCUAGCCUUACACAAUCACUUUGAGAAGUCUUUGAGGGCGGUUCACCAAAAGAGAGAACAGUGGAAUCCUACGACGAAUAGGCCGCCGCAAUCUAGGACGUCGAGCCUUUCGGAGGAUGACAGAAAAAGAGUGGAAGAAAUUCAUCACAGGGAACAACAGAGGCAUAUGACUGUUAGAGAUAGUAAAGACCACAGAGGUUAUUAUGGCGCUGUCCAAAGGCCGGCGAGCGUGCCCGGCAAAACGGAAUACCCGCCCCCGCCCGCUCACAGCCGAGUGGGCGGGCCCGCCUGCAAGCCCGCCCCCGAUAAAAUGGCGUCGCACGGCGUGCCACAGCAGCAGCAGGCGGGCCAACCUUCCAAAAACGAGAUGCAACACGUGUACGGUUACGCGUCGGUGCAGCAGCAGCAAAAUGCUUAUUUCGAGCCAAAGAUGAAGACGGAGAUGCACAAGAGUGGUCAGCAGCAGCAGCAGCAAGGUGGCGGAGGCUUGGUCGUUACCAAAUCCAUGGACAGGGGUGAUGGGGGAGCCAUGGUGGGGGAAAUGAAGAACUCGGUGAUUGUGAAGCACGACACGAAGAAUCCCCAUCAUUUGGACCAACCGCGCGUGUCCAUGGCGCAUUCGCCCAGUCCGAAAUUGAGGAAUGAGAUGAUGGGACAUUACCAGAGCCAGACUGGACAAAACAAGGGCAUGUACGAGUACAGGAGCCCCACCCAGUCCCCCCAUCAUCUAGCGCACGUCGCUCCCACUUCCCACCACCAGCACCAGGUGGAGGCGCAGAACAUGGCCAAGGUGCAGCUGCAGCAGCAACAACAGCAGCAGCACAGGCCGCAGCCGCAGACCUCCAGCCCGCACCAGCUGCAGCAACGGCACAGCCCGCAUCCGCAGCAGCAGCAGCAGCAUUUGCAGCAACAGCAGCAGCAUUUGCAGCAGCAGCAGCAUCACGCGAAUGAGAUGCGGUACAGGAGCGGGGCUGAAGCACAAGCGAUGGUCUAUCAUGCCGCAAAAACGAAUUAUCCCUACACCACCUCGACGUACACCAUGUCGACGAUGUCGGCCACGCCCACCGCACCGCCCAACGCCAAAUCGAAGGUGAGCAGCCCCGCCCCCCACCAGAUCUUCGGCAAACCGCCGUUGGGAGGCGUGUCCGUCGUGCCGGUGACACGCCCCCUCGUCCAUCACGACCUAUCGGGAGCGACGGGGGCCACGCCCGUCCAGCUGACGGCCAAUAAGCCGGUGCCGUCGAUCUCGUCGUCGCCCUAUCAACAGGUGUCGCAGUACCAUCUGCCCCACAACGCCGCCCCGUCGCAGCUGACGUGUCCGCCCCCGCCCGCCCACAGCAGCCGCGCCUCCACCACUAGCGGCCUGCUGAUGGACAGGUACGCCCCGCCCGCCGGGCUGUCCGUCAAGUUGGUUGGCGUGGGCGUGGCCGGGACGUCCCCGCCCACGGCGACGUCCGCCCCUUUGGCGGGGGUGGGGGUCGGAGGAGGAGGUGGUGGUGGUAGAGGGCAUGGCGGGUUCGCGCAGAGUUUGGUGGCCGGGCAACAGGUGCAAACGCAGCCACUCGACUUGGGCGUCAGCUCCGCCAAAUUCGAGAACCACCCCUCCUCGCCAAAACGCAAAUCCAGCACGCCCAUCUCCCAACUGGGCGUAGGUGCCAAUCCGGGCAGCCCCGUUUGUCUCGAAGUGAAAAAGAGGCGGAUCGAUACGCCUCCAGCGACCACCCAAUUCGUCUCUGUCUCCGCCCACUCCGCCUCCGUCUCCGCCCACAAUCCUCCCCAAUUGGCGCGAGUGAGCGAACCGAGUCCGCUGAUCGCGAGCGCCGCGACGACCAUCACGACGGUGGUGAAUGCGGCCGUCGCUUUCCGGACGACGCCGCCGACGGCGUUGAUUUCGAGGCAGACUCCGCCCCCUGAGGUGGGGGGCGUGGUGGAGUUGGUGGGCGGGCGGCCGGAGUCGACCAGUCCGAAGCCGGCCACGCCUACCGCGACGGCGCCGUUGGGCGGGAGCCCCGCCCCCUUGAGCGCGGCGACCACGCCUACUCUUAGUGUUACGCCUCAACCGGCGGAAGAAUCACCGGGCACCCCCGCCAAAGUCAACCCGAGCGUCUUGGACUCGGAGAAAUCGAACAGCCCCGGUCCGCAAAAGAACCCCUCCAGCGCCAGCUACCCCGUCAGGCACCUGAAGAAGGCGUGGCUGCAGAGGCACACUGGCGAAGACGUCGAAGACACCACCGGCGUGGUGGGUUCGGGCAGCUGCUUGACCUUGCCCUUGAACAUCAAGGCCGACCUCGGAGCGACAGGUGCUGCUGGAGCAACAGGUGCCACGCCUACUGCCGCUGCUGCGACCAAUGCGAACGCGGCGACGGUGACGAAAGAGAAUCCGGUGAAUUCGAUACAUUCGAUAGGCUCGAUGGCGGUGAAUAGUAUCAACAAGACUAAGCAUUUCUCCAGCAAAGCGGCCAACAGAAAAGCGGCAAAAGAAGCUACUGUGAACGGCGAUGCGAAAAACGACGAUUCAUCGAGCAGCGAUCAGGAGCGAGGUAGAAAAUCACCUCCGAAAAGAAAACCGCCCAAAGUGAAAAGGAAGAAAGGAGGAACAUCGGCCAAGAAGGCAGUGGAAGAAAAAAAACGCAAAAGCGGCCCGCAGAAAUUGCAGUCUGUAGCGGUAGCGAGCGAAAGCGGCAGCGACAGCGACAAAGAGAGCGGCAGCGAAAAGGACAGCGAUUCGGGAGCGAGCGCUUCAGCGCCGACGAAAAAAUCCGCAGGAACGGGAAAGGAGCAGCGCAAGCGCGGCAGGAAACCCAAGGGCGGUUCAAAAAACGAUAAAGGCGAGGAGCCACGUCCGAAGAAGAGCAAAGACGACGCGCCGCCGCCCCCUCGUGACCCCUCGCGCAAACCGCCCGUCGGGCAGCUGAAGAAAACGGGGGAGAGUUUCCUGCAGUACGGCACGUGUUUCGAGGUGGCGCCGAAAUUGGCGAAGUGUCGCGAAUGCCGAUGGACGGUGAACCAGCGAUCGAAGAACGUGCCGAACAUUUUUUGUCGGUUCUACGCUUUCCGGCGGUUGAGGUACACGAAGAACGGGCAGCUCGCCAUCGCCGGGUUUUCCGAUCCACACAAGGACGCGUUGGAGGAGGACUUGAAAUUGUGGCUACCCAACGCCGACCAUCCACCGGCCGAUUUAGACUUGGAAACGUCCCGUUUUCUGCUCAAACAAGUCGCCGAUCAUUUUUGCGACUUGUUCUUGCAAGAAAAAGAGGCCAACACCGAACACAUGUCCGAAGAUAAAACAGUCGCUUGGAAACGGGUGGUACAGGGUGUUCGAGAGAUGUGCGACGUUUGCGAGACGACGUUGUUCAACUGUCAUUGGGCGUGCGGCAAAUGUGGAUUCGUCGUUUGUAUAGACUGUUACAAGAGCCGGAAAAAGGGCGCAAUGAAGAUGUGGGGCGAGCCAGGCAAAGACAGGGACGAAUUCUCCUGGCUGCUUUGCACCAAUCGGCAAGCUCACGAACAGGAAAAGCUCAUGCUGACUCAGAUAAUCGCUGGCGAUUCGCUGAACAAGCUCGGCAGAAUGGUGCAUGAAACUCGUGAAUUGUGGAACAUCGAACAGUUUUGCGGUUGUCCCAUGAUCAAGGAGUUCACGCAAAAGACGAAUAAUUUGCACGCUAAAGAGAUCGUCCGAUCGAUACUGGGCGAUAAAGUUAAUGGGGUCAAAAAGGAGAUUAAAGACGAGGACGACACUCGAUCGCAAGACGGCGAGGAAAAAAAGAAGCCCCCCUUGGGCUCGAGCAGCGAAGAAGACGAAGACGAAGGCGAGGGCGGCAACUUUUCCACGUUGCGCGAACUCCUCAUCCGACCGUCGCACAAGCCGAACGGCUCGUCGUCGUCCAGGGCCGGAUCGCCCGUCGUGGCCGCCGCCGCCGCCUCCGCCUCCUCCAAGGGGGCGGAGACGAGGAAGAAGUUGCCGGCGCCGACGAAGCCGGCCGAUCUGGAUGACGUCAUAUCGAGCGUGAUCGAGGACAGCGUACCGCAAAAGGUGGAGGCACCGAGCGAACCGAAGCACGAGUUGAAGCACUUCAUACGGCGGUACAAUUGGGCGGGCAAGGGCAGAGUGCAGCUGCCCAUACGCAUAAUGACCUUGACCGAGAGCAAGAUGCUCUAUCCCGACACGCCGCACAGUUGGCUGUGCGACGGCAAGCUGUUGCGACUCAGCGAUCCGCUUUGCAAGGCCAACUACAAGAUUUUCCAGGAUCAGUGGAAGCGAGGUCAGCCGGUGAUAGUGUCUGACGUCACUCGCAACGCCGAUCCGGACCUCUGGCAUCCGGAGGCGUUCGCCCGAGAUUUCGGGGACGAGAAAAACGAUCUAGUCAAUUGCAUGACGGGCAACUUGGUGCCCAAUCAGCCGAUGCGCAAGUUCUGGGAGGGUUUCGACCAUUUCAGCAAACGGCUCAAGGAUGAUCGCGGGCAAUCGAUGCUGUUGAAGCUGAAAGACUGGCCUCCCGGCGAGGAUUUCGCCGAAAUCAUGCCCUCUCGCUACGCCGACCUGAUGAAGGUGCUGCCCCUAGCAGAAUACACUCACCGCACGGGCAGACUCAAUUUGGCCAGCCGGCUGCCCGAGUGUUUCGUUCGCCCCGAUUUGGGUCCCAAGAUGUACAACGCGUACGGAUCGGCGUUGCAUCCCAACAAGGGCACGACGAAUUUGCAUUUGGACAUUUCCGAUGCGGUCAACGUCAUGGUGUACGUGGGAAUCCCGAAAGAUGGCGACACCGAUGAGCACAUCAAGGAGGCGUUCAGGGCCAUCGACGAAGCGGGCUGCGACAUAUUGACGAGGCGGAGGGUGCGCGACAAGGGCGAAUUGCCCGGCGCCCUUUGGCACAUCUACAAUGCCAGGGAUGCUGAUAAAAUCAGGGAUUUGCUCAACAAGGUGGUGGUGGAGAAGGGCGGCAGACUGGAGCCGCACCACGACCCCAUCCACGACCAGAGCUGCUACCUGGACGGGCCGUUGCGCGAACGGCUGUACAAAGAGUACGGCGUAGAAGGAUACGCCAUCGUGCAAUGCAAGGGAGAUGCGGUUUUCAUUCCCGCCGGGGCGCCGCACCAAGUCAGGAAUCUGCACAAUUGCAUCAAGGUGGCGGAAGACUUCGUCUCGCCCGAGAACGUCUCCCACUGCUUCCACCUCACGCAAGAGUUCCGCGACCUCACCGACACCCAUUCCAACCACGAGGACAAGCUGCAAAUCAAAAACAUAAUUUACCACGCUGUCAAGGACGCCCUUUCCGCCCUCGAGGCCGUCAUCGAACGUCACGACGCCGAGAACGCGGCGGCGAAGAGCUCGGACGACGGCAGCGCCACCACGACGUCGAACGACGGCGAUAAUUCCGGCAAGUCUGAUUCGAACGAGGGCGUGUGAACGCGCUUUCUUUACAUUUUGUCCGCCGCGGCAUUUUUUGAUGGUGCUUCCAGACGAGUUAUAGGGAAAAUGUCGGGUUUUGUUCUAUGAUAAUUAUUUUGGCGUGGAUUUGAAAGCACCGUAACACAACUCGUACUUUGAAUAACUAUUUUUGAUGGAUGGUACAGAAAUUCUCGUGAAAAUGUGGAAUUGGCGCAGUCGGUAGGAUAAAAAUUAAUAACACGACAGCUGAAUUACAUGCCUCGAAUAAUGAUGUGAAUAACCUUUGAUCAGCUUUCAGGACAAAUGUCAUUUUUGUUCAUGUGUUGGCUUGAAAUUUUGUUCGAUAAUAUUUUUUUUACGUACAAACUACCGAAGUUCUCGUGAAAAUUUGAAAUUAGUGCAGUCGGUGGGAUCAUAACUAGUAGCAAUGACAGUUGCAUUACGUACAUUGAAUGAUAUUAAUGAACCUCUGGUGGACUUGCGCAAUGGGAAUUGCCGACAAGUGUCAUUUUUGUUCACUUGUUGACUUGGAAUUGUGUCCAUAAUCAGUUUUUCACGUUACUAGUAUGCACCGUAACACAACUCGUACUUCACAGUACUGAAAUUGUCGUGAAAAUGUGAAAUUGGCGCAGUCGGUAGGAUCAAAAUUGAUAACUCGACAGUUGAAUUACAUGCCUUGAAUAAUGAUGUAAAUAACCUGUGGUCAGCUAACAAUAGGAAUUCACGACAAAUGUCGUUGUUGUUCAUGUGCUGGCUUGAAAUUUUGUUUGAUAAUAUUUUUCUACUUGACUAGUAUGCAUCAUAGGACAACUCGUACUUCGAACUACCAAAAUUCUCGUGAAAAUGUGAAAUUAACGCAGUCGGUAGGAUCAUAAUUAGUAGCAAUGACCUCUGGUGGACUUACGCAAUGGGAAUUCACGACAAGUUUCAUUUUUGUUCACUUGUUGACUUCCAUAAUCAUUUUUUCACGUUACUAGUAUGCACCGUAACACAACUCGUACUUCACAGUACUGAAAUUGUCGUGAAAAUGUAAAAUUGGCGCAGUCGGUAGGAUCAAAAUUAAUAACACGACAGUUACAUCUCAUGCCUGGAAUAAUGAUGUGAAUAACCUGUUGUUAGCUUACACAAUAGGCAUUCACGACAAAUGUCAUUUUUGUUCAUAUGCUGGCUUGAAAUUUUGUUUGAUAAUAUUUUUUUACGUUACUAGUAUGCAUCAUAAGACAACUCGUACUUCAAACUACCGAAAUUCUCGUGAAAAUGUGAAAUUAACGCAGUCGGUAGGAUCGUAACUAGUAGUAAUGACCUCUGGUGGACUUACGCAAUGGGAAUCCACGACAAGUGUAAUUUUUGUUACUUUGUUCACUUGUUGACUUGGAGUUUUGUUCCAUAAUCAUUUCUUUACGUUACUAUCAUGCACCGUAACACAACUCGUACUUCUAAGUACUGAAAUUCUCUUGAAAAUGUGAAAUUGGCGCAGUCGGUAGGAUCAGAAUUGAUGACAUUACAGUUGAAUUACGUUUCUAGUGUGCCUUGCACCAUAAGACAAUUCGUAAAUUAACGAAAUUCUCGUGAAAAUGUGAAAUUAGCGCAAUCGGUACGAUCAUAAAUAGUAGCAAUGACGGUUGCAUAACGUCCAUUUAAUAAUGAUAUUAAGAAACCUUCGGUGGACUUACGCAAUGAGAAUUCACGAAAAGUGUCAUUCUUGUUCACUUCUUGACAUGGAGUUUUGUUCCAUAAUCAUUUUUUCACGUCAUUAGUAACAGAACUCGUACUUUGAAGUACCGAAAUUUUCUUGAAAAUGUAAAAUUGGCGCAGUUACUGUCACAAUUAAUAAAUAACGAGAAAUGUUAACACACCGAUUUACCACAUAGCUCCAAGAAUUCUGUUGAAAUCAAUGGAUAUUAUAGAUCCAAAUUGUUUCAAAAACUAUAAUCCAUGAUACCAUUAUUCUUCAAAACAUUAAGCUCUAGGUGAUGAUUUUCUUCCGGGCAUCGCUGAUACUAAAUUAGGAUAUGAUGUUUCAAAAAAUGGUCCACGGAAAUGUAGAUUUUGCAAUUCCAAUUUCUCCUGCUCAUUCUACUUUCACAAAGUCACUCUUUUACCCUUGAAUUCUUUAAAAUAACCAUUAAUAUCGAGAAAAUGUAGAAUUGGCGCAGUCGGUAGGAUCACAGUUGAUAACCAUCACAGUUAUAUUACAUACAUCGAAUACAGAUGUGAAUAACCUCUGGUGGGUUUACUCAAUUGUUCUGCCUGACUGGUGCUUGGAAUAAAAGAAUUGAAUACAAAAAUAUCAAAAUUAUCGAACAGUCAUAAUUGAAAUGUCUACAACAGAGGUGAAUAACAUUAUAUAUUGUUCUGUUCACGAUGACAGGAGACGGGUGUAUUUAUUCAAAUAGAAUCUAAUGACUCUUGCAUCUUGCAAGUCUUUUAUACCAUGGUUUUUUCAAUAUUAUGUCGAUUAUAAGCUUAUAAUCGUUCCAGUGUUGAUGUUCAUAAUCACCAUCAAUAGAACAGAACAGAUUUCUAAGGUUGAAUUAGCAGAAGGAGUAUAAAUCUUAUGGAUAAUCCAAAAAAAUAUCCUACCGACUGCGCCACUUGUUGACUUCCCUCAAGUAUUUCGGUAUCUAUCGAUGAAAUUUCAUUUGCAUCGUAUCUGGGGACCAUUGCAAAUGAUCCUACCGACUGCGCCACUUAUUCAUUUCCACAAAUAUUUUCGUAUUAUCUGAUAAUAAUAGGAAUUGUUUCGUACUUAUUGUGUUAUAUCACGCGAAAAUAGUUCAGUUUGUGACAUUUAUCAAGAAACUUGUGAGGAAUUCUAUGCUAUAACUUGUUUGGAGCACCGACAGAUGAUUCAGACGAUGACGGAUAAAUAACUUUUUGUGUGAUAAUAAUGUAAAGCUGGACGUUGGGGUUUUCGACAUUCCUGACACACGCGUUCGAACAAUAUGAGAUCGAGUGCAAUUGUUUCUCUCGUCUUUGUGGGUGUGUGUGUUCACGUGCGUACUUGUACAUAGAUGUACAAAGAAAAAUAUAGUGGCUCGAUGAAAAUGCUGAAUAUGCACGGUUUUACCUUCCUGUAUGUAGAAAGAGACUCGGUACGACUCGAGCGUACUUCUUAUCCGAUUUUUACGCAACCUUGUUUGAUGAUGAUGAUCGUUUUUUUUUUAUUGUUGGUCUUGCGUGCACCGUAUGUCAGCUUUUUUUGACAAAGCUUCCGGUCUAAAGAAUCACUGAGAAGUGUUUUCGAUACUGUAUGUAUUAUAUUUUGCCACUGUUUCAUCAUUGGUCCAAUUUUUCAUUAUGAUUUUUUUCUUGAACAUUACGUUAUUUAUUUAUCAGAAAAUCCGAAAUCGGACAGUUGAAAAACAGAAAUAAUUCUCAUUUUCUAAUUUUCUUUGUAUUGAGAUGAUGUUUUUUUUUGCCUUGUGGCAUUUUCAGAAUUGGACUGAUUGAUUUGCAGUUUCCAAGUUCGGAAACAUUUUUCUGUGGUGCAUUUUUACUAUCGGUGUUUUGACAUUUCUUCAAGUUUCCAGUGUAUUCGAUGUCGUUUGAAAUUACCAGAAAACAUAAUGGUUAUUUUCAACUAACUGUAUGAAUAUGUGCCUGUAAAAAGAAAAAUUGUAUUUUUAGCAGAGUAUGCUGCUAUUCAGUAUUCAAUGUGGAAUAACUAGAUUAUUUGAAAGUUUAUCGUCAAGUGGAGGGUGAUACUCGCCAUUUUGUAACAGUUACGAAAAAAACUAAAGAAAAACUCUCAAAGUGCUAUUUCAAAGUGCCAAUUCGUUAUAUUAGAAGAAAACUUUGAUUGUUAGGAAGCCUGCUCGUAGUAUCUCGAUUGGGCUCCGAAAAUUCGAACUGAAUGAUCUCGAUUUAUGUUUAUUCUUUCUAGUUUACAACGAUGAAAAAUGUUUCGGUAUAACCCUGCCGGACAGAUGAAAGCGCGUUCACCCCAAAUGUCGAGGUACGAUGCCGAUUUGACGUUUACUCAUGGUGGGCAAAGACAAAAACGUCAAAUUGACAUCUGUCAGCGAUAGAAAAUAGCACGUCGCCCCACCUGGCGGCAAUAACUUGAACUCGUAGCCUCAUUGUAGCCCAAGGAGACAGAUUAACUUCGAUCAAUUCAUAAUCAGAAUAUUUAAACAUUAAUUUAUUGAAUUAUGUUGCAUCCUAGGGAUUGCUUGCUCGAGAAGCGACAACAACGCAAUUUGCCGGCUUUGACAUUUCAAGUAGCGGUGUUGCCACAAAAUUGCUUCAUAGUUUUGAACGGUAGUUCACAUUUUAUUUCAUAAUUUUCAAUUACUACGUGUGCAAAGAAACUGGAGAAUUCUGAAGAAGCUGUGUUUCUUUCAACAGUUGUUUGAAGAAUAUCUAUUUGUUUAUCAUAUCCACAAUAUUACGACGUUGCCAAUACGACAAAAAGGUCCGAUUGCCAUUCCUUGUGGAAAUAUUCGAGGCCAAAUAAUUAUACAGGGUGGAGACUUUAACUGGAAGAAAUGAAGAGUUUGAAAUAUUUUCAACAUAUUUUCAUGAAUAUUUCAAGUUUUAGCGAUUCAGUAAUGAGGCAUAUUCACCAGUUUGCAUCAACACUUGUGAAAUAUUUCAUUUUGCGAUUGUGUAGAAACACUGGUAUAAAAUAGCAGCAGAUAUCAGUUGUAGCAAGAAAUUGCUUUGAAUUGCAUUUUCAGCGAUUUUAUGCAACCAUCAAAAGUACUAAAAACUGAAAUUUGAUUAGUACACUGGAAUACUCUUUCCACCAGCUUUCCAAUGAGGGGUCACAAGCCAAAUGGUUGCAUUUGAAAAAAAAAAAGUAAACAGGGUGGUGUCAACUACCCAUGAAGGGCUGUAUUUCCCAUAUUGCUUGCAAAAUGUAGGUAAGUACAUUUGAACGUUGACGUAUAUCGGGAAUUUCAAGAAAAAAUAAGUCCACUUCUCGCUAGCGAAUUUAUUCUAGUUAAAGUCUCACCCCUGUAGUUUUAUUAAUGAUAUAAUGUUGUGUGUCCUUGGGUUAAUAAGUCUUCACUUGAAACCCUUUCUUAGCAGUUUGUUUACACCAAGUUAUCGAAAAAAUACCGCCAGAUGACGUUGGUUUAUUUUCUAUCGCGAUAUUAUGCUCGUUUUGUAGGGUCGGUGGUUUGAUGCAGUGACGUCAUAUCGGCGUUAUUGUCGUCGAGACGAGACUUUAGGUCGUCCGUUUCCAAGGUUACGGUAACUUUGCGCGUGCGCGUUCGGGAAAGUGACUUGUAUUUUCUCGCUACUCGCCGCCAGGCGUACUGAGAAUACACACAGGGUGUUUCGAAAAAAGGGUAAUGAGCUACAGGGUAGGUGGUAUACUCCGAAAUGGGGGAAAGGUUUUUGUGAAUAAUUGUUCCAAGAAAGUGCGGUUUUUGAUAUGAAGGUUUUUUUUUAGAGGAGUGACAUGUCCUUACAACUCUUCAUUCCAUAGAUUUGAUGAAUUUCAUUGAGGGUGACGCACAACUUUCAAAAACGACAUUAAUUUUCAAAUGGGACGUCCUUUUGUAUAAUCUUCAAUUUUCAUAUCCUAGUAACAUUUCUAAUGCAACGUUUUCAGGCACUCUGGUUUCGUGAAUUAUUAUUUUUCUAAUUUUGAAACGUCUUUCUUUUAAAUGAUUCAUGUAAUGUUCAUUGUGUCAUCCAAAAUUCGGUUGUCAAACGCUUUAUUCUGUCAUAUGAAGUGAACUUCAAACCGACAAGCGAAAUAUUGUAACCACCAAAUUCUCAAUACAAUAAUUAAUUGAAAUUAUCAAUCUGAUCAAUUUGGAGAACUUUUUAUUUCCGCUAAAAUUUUGAGAAAAUAUUGUUCGUAACUUUGUGUAACUCUGUAAUUUCGAAUCGUUCAGUAGGUACUUUGAGGAAUGAGAACAUCAUCAAUGCAAUAUAAUUACCUUCAUCUCCAAAACCAACCAAACAUUCUGGACACCAAUUCACAAAAACCUUUUCCCCUUUAUUUCGUCGAGUACUAACCCACGUCGAAUAUUCUCACAAUCUUUUUCGAAAUACUUUUAGUAUCACUCAGUACGUCCGGCCCAAGUAGAGGGAAAAUACCGGUCACCAAUUUCGAUACCCCCACUCUCAAAGUAACCGUGACGCUUGGAAGCGGACGAUUUGACAUCUCGUCCCGUACGACAAUACUCAAUAUCUCGACACUGUGGUCAAACCGACCGACCCGACGAGCAAACACUCGGGGUGAAACCGCUAGGGGUAGGCUGAAUGCACCCCAAUUUACCCCCCGCCCCAUCCCCUAGCUUUGUUUCUUUGUUAGGAAGUACUGGUUUUGUAAAUUGAAUUACAUUGUAUAUUGUAUAUUAUUUGAAUAGAUUUUUGUACAGUAACAAAGUUUUUUUGUACUAUAUAAUUAAUGUAAGAAUAAAAAACACAAAUGUUUAUUA